ACAACAGAUCUAUCUCCGGACGCUGCUGCUUCACUCAAUUGCAACUAAUAACCCAUUAAAGACAGCGCAGGGGGAACUGAAUUCUCUCCUGCAAAGCGACAUAAAUCCAGCGAAAACCCAUUAAACCACCGCCACCGCCACCAAGCCACGCAGCACUACACACCACAGCAAACAACAGUGAAGGCGAUGGUUACUGCUGUCAAUCUUGGCAAUCAAUGUGAGCGGCCAUGUCAAAUUCGCAGGCUAGGUUAGACCCAGAAGCUCACUCAGCCCCACUGCGAAUGAACCUGGCUUCGGCAGGAUGUGAUGAAAAUUGAACAUUAACGCGAUGGCACAGGACAGAUAUGACCUGGCUCUGAUUCAUUUUGUUAACAAGCUGUAAAACUCGACACACUGCUGGAGGCAUGCACGGUGCAUCCUCUGCUAUCCGAGGUGCUAUCGCCCCUCUGGAGCCGAGCUCAGGGAACAGGAGUUGUAAGUCAGAACCUCUUGGAAUAGCGGACCUGUUUUAUACAACAUUUUUGGCAAUUCCACUACAAUAAAAGGAGUAACCAAGUCCUAGUCGGCAAGUAGCAAGCACCUUGAAAUAGAACUUUAUAAUUAUCUAGUAAAGCUUUACCAUCAAAUUAGCUGAUGAGGGCAUAGUAGCUAAUUCCCAUGCAUUCUUUCAAUUUUAAUAAAAGGCACUUUAAAAGUGACAUUCAGAGAUAAGGGGAAAUUGUAUGAUUGUAAAUACUGAGUUUGUAUUCACCUGCGUUCGGCUAAUUCAAAGUAUUCACCUUGCUGCAGUUACCCGGUGUAUGGAUUUAACAACAGUAAAUAGCUGCCUUUCGAGAUAUUACUCUGUCAUUUUUAAUCUUUAAUUAUAAGAAUUCCCGUGAUUAACCACUAACGCCUUCCUUGUAACACAUUUAAACCUGCUGCAAGUAAAGGAAACACCUUGACUUUUUGCACAACUAGUGUAGCUUUGGCACGCAAAAAGAUUUUUAAAAAAUUUAAAUGAGCUAUGUAAGAAAAGAGAUAUAAAUCAGAAUACAAGGACGAAUAGUCUGCCUCAGUCUGCAACUCUAGUAAUUUGUUGCUGGAAGUUUUUUUCUUCUAAGAAACAGAAAGGAAAAAAGCCCUCCUCAAAUGUAGCGCCUUAUUGAACACGAAGCGGGAAUGGGACAAGAGAUAAUUAAGGCAUCAGAUGAAUCUAACCGCCCACCUAGCUCCAAAGCGGGGAGCCUCCCGCUGCACUCCCGAAAUUCCAGCGCAGGGAAUGACACUGGUUUGGGGCAGGACGCGGCAGGGAUGCGGCCGCGCUGCCCUGCGGAGCGCCAGGAACGCUCCCCAGCUUGUUGCUUCCUUCCCCUGUGUGAUCAAUUAAGUUACAGAUGUAACUCACAGCGCCGGAGAGCGGCAACUUCUCGGCGGCAGGAAAAGAGGAUUCCUUGGGCAUUGUAUGCAAAUGGGAGCGUGUGUGUGUGCGCGCUGCACGGGGGUAAUUGGGAUGCCCUCUUUGUUUGCAUAAGUGAACACCCGCCGUGCGGAUCCGCACACACGUGCCGAGAAACAAGAACACGCUUUCACUUGGAGCGUUACCCCACUUUUAGAAGCCGCGUUUGGGAUGACUGCCCUCGCUUUGGCUCCAGGAAGGCUAAAGGCAGGCAGAUGCUGAGGAGGGAUGCUGACCUGCUGGGGGUGCCUGCACAGGGAAGGGACCGCAGGCGCUCCCAUCAGCUCGGGGCACUUACCUGGGCGCAGCUGUCAUGGCAUUUUGCGCCGUGUGUCUCCCCAAAUGCCUUAAAGUAAAGCAAUGUUCGACAAGCGAGGCAACCUGUCUGUGUGCUAACUCGUACGUACCGCAUCUUUAACCUGAGCAGCAAACCUGCAACUCCUGCGGAGUUGGCGGAACAGUCUCAGAAGUUUUGGAUUCAAAGGGCAAGAAAUUUCACUUUAAAAGUCAUUCACCCACUUCUAAACUGCCCUCUCACCCCAGUUAAUGCCGGACAAUUAAGAGGCAUGUUUAUAAAUUCCCUCUGCGGACACUGUCCGACAAUGAGGGCUUGUUACAGGCUUGCUAAAGAUAUCCAGAGAAACUUUUGCGAAAUAAUCAACAGCAUCUGAGAGAAAGCUAAAGGAAAAGAAGUUAAAGCCUGAUAAUCCGAUUGGGGAAAAGUUUUGUUAGACUAGAUAGAAGUAAAUUACUGCACGUUUCUUCAAAAGCAAACCCAUCAGCUGAUACGAGUUCCCCUAGAACAAGAACCUCUGGCGAACCCCUCCAAAUUUAGGGGACGUUUGCAUCUUGUAACACUCAAAGCUCAACAUCUGCCUGAAAACAAAAACUCUGAAUUCCUUACAGCGUCAUCUGCCAACAAAAUGUAUUGUCUUGGCAGAAAAAGGAUCAAGGAGAUUUUAAUUUCAUUUUAAACUGUGCAUCAUCUUGAUAGCUAAGGAAAAAGCCGCAGCAACAAU